UGUGUGUAUUUGCUUGCUUUCAAGGCCGAGGAUCUUAUCCAGUUUUAGUUUUACAUUCAGAAAUUCUAUCGUAAAGCGGAUAAGACAACCUGAUCAGCAAUGCGACGAAUAGAACAAUUCAGGAUGAUUGCGGUUUUAUUGCUGCUCCUUCCAUUAGUAACCGUGGACGCCAAGUGCCUUGCCAAAGAACAUGUAUACACUGAGUGUAAGAAGGACUUGUCUCCAGUUGAGGAUGUAUUCUGCGGACCUCCAAAAUCGAAUUGUUCUACCGACUUUGACUGUCUUGAGCCGGCAGCAAAAUGCUGCUUAGAUGGCUGCAAUGCCGUAUGUGUGGAGUUCGAAAAUUUGGUCCAACACUUUUGUAGAUCCUGGGACAACUACAUUUACCAGCCCGGUGAGGACUACUGGAUGCCAUGCAAGAAGAUGUGCUCCUGCGGUGAGGACGGAUACCCCACAAACUGUGUCGCCUCUCCGUGCAGCACGAGUGAGAUUCUCAAAGAACAUUUCAUCAGAUACAAGCGUAGACUACACUCCAGGAAGAAGCUUCCCAAGGACAAGGUGCUGAGAGAAAAGCGUUGUGUUGGCUAGUAUAGAUUGGGACAUUAUUGCAUUCGCCAAUGAAGGAAACAUUGACUUGCGACCUUCUCGCUGAUAUAGGCAACUGGAGCUGUCGCAGCAUGGAAACAUUAUUCGCCUUUCUUUGUGCUCUGUAGCUCUGUAGCUCUGUAUUUCCUUAUUUCAUUGUUCAAGACAAAAAGUCGUCUCAUUUUU